AAGCAAUAGAAUUUACAUUUCCCUCCUGACAAAAUGACCUUUGGAUUGAGUGAAAUCCUUAUGUUUACCAAUUUUCCCAUUUUUCCCCCUUUCUGCACCGACUGUCAUCAUUUCACCCCCCAAAACUUAUAAAAUCAUUUCAUUGACAAAAUUUCCAUUAGAAUUGAAAUUGAGGAGGCAAAGACUUCAACAAGAAAGUAUGGAACUUAUUAAAAUCCUUUAAAAAAUACUUUGGUGAUUAAUUUUACUCAAUAAAUGAUAAACAAAAUCAUGAAUAAGUAACAUAAUUUCUUUGGUUUGUGUUUUGCAUGACUAUUUUUAUCAUCUACCAAGCUGAAAACUUUUUACAAGAUCCACAAGACUUCUUAAGUUGGCUGUUAUGAAUCUUACCCUCUCGACUACACUGGGAAAAACAUUGUCUGGGAGAACAUGGCAAACCACUACCGCCGUCUUUACUGCGCUAAGCCCAAGGUAGACACCAACCUCAGGAAGACUGUCCAGCAGCGUAAAAAUAUAUACUCUGCACAGCAAAAUGCUGUUAGGCCUAACCCUCCAAAACAGAAUUGUACCAAGGACAGUCCGAAAAUAAAUCAGAGCAUGAAAAUUGGGAACAUCACCAUACCAGUAAGGUUCACAGUCAACAAAGCUAUUCAAACUCAAAAUUUCAAUGGUUACAGGCCAAUUGACAAGAAAUCUGUACGGUUUUUGAGGGACAUAACGGAUGAAGCGCUUAAGAGGGGGGCUUACACGGAUUUCACUUUGGAAAGAAUUUUCAUCAAGCAUGACAAGAAGAACAAAUACAAUCUCAGUAAGGCACUGAGAGAGAAAGAACUUAACCAAUUAAGAAGUGAGCUUGGAAUGCCAAUUAAAAUAAAAAACGUAGAAAGUGAACAGAAUGAAAACCGUAAGGCAAAAGACUGUGAACAAACCCAUGCUGAUAACGAGGCUGUUGAUGCGUUGAAUACAUUACUGGUUGAUUCAAAAAUGAAGCAUAACAUACUUGGCUCACUUGGCAUCUCCUCACCUGAAAAUGUUCUAGUUAAGGAUUUCAACGAACCAGGAAGACUUGUAAAAAAUUAUGGUACCGAAAAGGAUGAGAAGAUAUUGAAAAACCAUGUGAGCUUUAAGAAUGUAGAUGUGUCAUCAGAAAGUUCAUAUGAAGAGUCGAUCAAGGAAGAACUUUUGAACGUCUCAGAAAAGGACUUCUUUGCAGACGAGGCUGAAAUAAAAACUUACACUGUCCUCAAAAGACAAUCGCCAGAUGAAAUUAAAAAAAUCGAGAUAAAUGAAAAGGAAUUGCCAUUACAAACAGAGGAAAUAGUGGAAUCUAUCGACAGUUCCAGUAACGAAGAGGCCAAAGACUCCAGUGUAUCAGCCAUAAAAGAAGUGGACAUACCAUCGGAGAGUUCGAACAUUUCAACUAAACAAUCAACAAAUUCUAAAGAGAAAAACGUGGAAGCUACAAUUGACAAAAACGAUGCUGAAAAUCUUGAACAACACCAAGUAUUAAGCGAAGCACAAAGUGAAAAGAAAACAAAUUCCGAUGGUAAAAAUUCAGAAAAUGUUGAUGAUCAGUUAUCUAACAAUGAUGAUAAUGAUGAUUUUCAACCUGAUACAACAAGUGAACUUUCCUCAAUCCACACAGAAUUGGAAUAAAAUAAGCCAUUAUGCUCUUAUUUGGCAAAUAUAAUAAGUAUACUUGUGUAAUAUUAUUAUACAUGAGUUCAAUAUAUAAUGACAUCAA